AUGGCUGGCGAGAAGAAAAAGGGCCAGCCCAGCAACGCCGGAAUCAUCACCGACAAGGGCGGCGAGCGCUUCAUCCCCGAGUCUCAGCGUGCCGAUGGCAGCACCCGCAAGGCCAUCAAGAUCCGCCCCGGUUUCCGCCCUACCGAAGAUGUCGAGGUCUACAAGAGCCGGGCAGCCGAGGCUCGCGCCGCGCGCGGCGUCCCGGGGACCGUCGGUCUGAGCGAUGACAAGGCCGAUGCCUCAGCCGCAAGCGCCAAGAAUGCGAAGCGGCGCGAGGCACGAAAGAAGGCCAAAGCCGAAGCCGACGACGGCGAAGAGGGCGUGACCGAGAAGAAGAACGCGGAACCGCCGAAGGAAGUCGUCGAGGAGGUCGAUCCUGAGGUGGAACGUGCCAAGAAGGCGAGGGCACUAAAGAAGAAGCUGCGACAGGCAAAUGAGUUGCAGACCAAGAAGGAGGGCGGCGAGGCACUGCUGCCGGAGCAGAUCGCCAAGGUGAUCAAGAUCAACGAGCUUAUACGGGAGCUGGAAGCACUCGGUUUCGAUGCCGAUGGCGAGCCUAAGACUGGCGCCUUGCCAGCAGAGGAGAAGGCCGAGGAGAAGGCCGAAGAGAAAGUCGAGGAGAAAGCCCAGGGCUGA